AUGGUAACGAACGAGUGGGUCCGCAACAGAGCGGAUGGCAAUCCGUGGCUAAAGCAUCUCGUGAAAACACGCACUGUCGUGAUUGUGCCAACCGCUAACGCGUACGGCUACGACCAUAACGUCCGCAGAGAACUUAAUGUUGAUCCGAAUCGUGAUUUUCCGUACAAUUUGGGUAACGACGAGGAGUGCAUGGUAACGACGGCUGCCCGUGCAUUGAACGAAUUGUGGCGCGACCAUUUGUUCCAGCUUGGCAUCACUUUCCACGCUGGUACAGAGUGUAUCACGUACGAGUGGGGCGGUAAAAAUCAUGUCGGGGAACCUGGUAAAAGUGAGAAGAGUCCAGAUGACCAAAGUCAGAAGCAGCUAUCGCGCAUCAUGUCGCGAUUUGGAGGUAAGUUUGAAGAGAGUGGCAAAUAUUACCCUGACGGUACUAUGAAUGAUGUCGUGUAUGCUGUCGACGGUGGCAUGGAAGACUGGGGGUAUGCUGCGUCUUGGGAGAACGAGUUUACGACUCCGAAGCCCAUUAAGGAGUGCAACCCUUCAAGUUUCGGAGGAUACCCGGCCGAGAAGACCAGGUACAAUAAUGCAACCCACCGCGCGUUUAAUGUCCUGAUCGAGACAAGUGACAACAAGCAGCCAAACUCAACAAGUUGGGGAGACAGCUCGACGCUCUCGGACGAAGCAUUGAGCGACUACUUGCCAGCGACAGAGAUGGUGGGCCACGUUCCUCGCAACGUUCGCUUGUCACUACUGUACAUCGAUCUGGUGCAGCCGUAUGUGCUCUGGAAAAUGCACCCACACAACACCACCGUGACGGAAGCUGCAACGUUUAAAUGGGAGGUGGCAGGGGCUAUCACGGUAGACAAUACGCAGCUAAAGGUUUGGUCCGAUGACCCUGCUGAUGCCACCCUUACGCAUGCUCAGAAAGGUGUCACGAGAUGGUUUCACGAGGAUCUGGGUCUGAAAGCCAUUGCCACAGUUGAUCAGGACUGGGCUACCCAAGGCACAGGUGAUGACAUCCCUGUACCCAAGACCAAACCUCAAACGCAUAUUGUGAAUGCUCGAACCAACGCUGACUGGCUGUAUUCAAACAACGAUCGAGUCGUGCGAGGCCAAACAGUGUGGACGUCGCACGUGGUGAAGAUUGUGGUGGCCUAG